AUGGGUGACCGCAAUUUAGUGUCCAGCCAUGAGUCUUUCAUAGGUUCUAUCGACCAAGGCACCACGAGCACAAGAUUCUUAAUCUUUAACAGAGAAGGCGAACCAGUUGCGUCGCAUCAAGUCGAGUUCUCUCAGAUAUAUCCACAAUCGGGAUGGCAUGAGCAUGACCCUCUUGAAAUUAUUGACUCAAUAGAGGCUUGCAUUGAAGGUGCUGUUAAACAGCUCGAAGAACAAGGCCACUUGGCGAGACAGAUCAAAGCCGUGGGACUAACGAAUCAACGAGAAACGACGGUUGUCUGGGACCACGAAACGGGAGAGCCCCUAGCGAAUGCCAUCGUUUGGACAGAUACCAGAAACCAAGCCUUGGUCAGAAAAUUGAAACUUCGACUUGGAUCUGAUAAACUGCAAAGUCUUUGUGGUCUUCCCUUAUCGACGUAUCCUUCCGUUGGCAAGCUUCUGUGGUUGAUUGAAAACAAUGACAAGGUUGCAGAUGCCUAUGCUCGAGGUCAUUUGGCGUUUGGGACUGUCGACGCCUGGGUUAUUUACAAGCUCAAUGGUGGACCAAAGAAGAAUGUGUUCGUCACGGAUCCAACAAAUGCAUCUCGUUCGAUGUUUAUGAAUUUACAUACUCUCAAAUAUGAUGACCAGCUUCUGGAUUUCUUCAGAUUCGAUAUGAACAAACUUCAUCUUCCCAAGAUUGUCCGCUCGUCGGAUCGCGAAGCCUUCGGAACUCUUACAGCUGGAAUUUUGAAAGGAGUUCAAAUCACGGGUGUGUUAGGCGAUCAAUCUGCGGCACUCGUGGGUCAAAAAGGCUUCACUCCGGGGAGAGCGAAGAACACGUAUGGGACAGGGUGCUUCCUACUCUACCACGUUGGUGACAAACCUGUAAUCUCCACCCAUGGGCUUUUGAGUACGGUUGCGUACGACUUUGAUGGUAAACCUCAAUAUGCUUUGGAAGGAAGUAUCGCAGUUGCAGGGUCCAGUAUCAAGUUCCUUCAGAACAAUCUUGGCUUCAUUGACUCUUCAACCCAAAUCAGUCAGCUUGCUGAGACUGUAGAAGAUAAUGGGGGUGUCACUUUUGUGACAGCUUUCAGUGGAUUGUUCGCUCCAUACUGGUAUGAUGAUGCUCGCGGCACUCUUUUCGGUAUCACAGCUUAUACGCAAAAAGGUCAUAUCGCUCGCGCUACCUUGGAGGCGACGUGUUUUCAGACGAAAGCCAUCUUGGACGCGAUGGAGAAGGAUAGUGGAAAGAAACUUGCUGAGCUCGCUGUCGAUGGUGGCAUGAGCAACUCUGAUCUCUGUAUGCAAACUCAAGCCGAUCUUAUCUCAAUCCCGGUUGAACGGCCAAAGAUGUUGGAGACGACAGCAUUGGGUGCCGCAAUCGCUGCAGGAUUCGCCAUCGGAGUCUGGGAAACUUUCGACGAAUUGAAAAACAUCAAUACCGCGGGCAAAACAGAAUUCCAUCCCAAGAUCACCCAGGAAGAGAGCAAGGAGAGGUUUUCACGAUGGUCCAAGGCAGUAGAAAUGUGCAAGGGCUGGCUAUAA